AUGUUAGUGAUGCUAAUAAAAAAGUUGGAAUAAAUUAUAGAAGAGGUUGAUAAUUUCUAUAAAAGUAUUGUUAAUUCAUACUUUGAGGAAAAUUAAUUAAGGGAAGAAUUAGAAAAUGAAUUACAAAAAAUAGAUUUAACAUAUAAAUUUUAGAAGAUGAUAAAUGACUUAAAAGAAUGGAUUAAAAAUGGGAAAGAAUUUACUUAAAAUAUUCAUUUUAAAAAUCAUGUUCAUUUUGAACAAUAAUUAUUAAAUAAAUAAUCUAUAAAUUAAUAAAAUAAUUUUAAUUCAAAGGUGAUUUAGCAAGAUGUUUUAGAUUUUUUUAUUAAUAAUUUAGAAUUCAUAUCUGGCGCUGAAUAGAUUGAAUUAAACUAUGUAAAUUAUCCUGAAGAUAUAUUCGCUUUUUAAAAAGAGUAUGGAAUAUAAAAUUUAGAUUGUGGAAAUAAUUUAUCAAGGAUUAAGGGGUAUUUAAGAGUAAGAGGAGAUGGAAAUAGUUUUUACACUUCCUUUUUGUUUUAAUAUUUAAAGAUUUUAUUAGAAAGUUAAACUAAAAGUUAAAAAAUGAAUGAUUUUAUUUAAAUGACAAAAGAGAUAAACUUAAACUUAUUUGUUAAUGGCCAAUCUUUAAUUUAAACUCAAUAAGAAAUAGAAAUUAAAUGUUAUUUUACAAAAAUUUUUAAAGAACUUCUUAAAAAUCCUGAAAAGUUAAUAUGGUAUUUCUCUAAAAGUAACAAAAAAUUUUAUAUUUGUGCGAUAAUAAUAUUUCGUAAUUAUGUAAAUGAGAUUUUUUAAUUAAAGAGAUUAAUGAUUUUUAAUUCUGUGAAUACAGAUUUGUAUGAAGAAAUCAUGACUUGGUAAAAAGAAUGUAAUACAAAUCAUGAUAUAAUUAAGAUUUUAUGUGAAGCAUUGGAUCUGUAAAAUUUUCUGAAUAUUUAGUUAAGUUAAUUUAUAUUAAUUCAGAAAAAAUAGUUGUGAUGUUUAGAUUAUUAAUUAAAAUAAGAAUUUAAAUCAGAUUAGUCUUCUUUAAUAAGCAAAACACUAUUAAAUAGGAAUUUUUUAUCAUUAGAAUUAUAAUCAUUGA